ACGAGUGUCACUCUGCCUUGCUUCCUGCGGACCUGCGCUGCUGCUUUCCGGCUCUCAUACACACACGGAUAACCUGUACCGUUGGAAGAUUGUCAAGAUGAAUACGCUAGGAUAAACUCGGGAAAUCAGGAUGUCCAGACACUUCCUUGUGCAGCUACUACCCAGGCUAUGUUUUGUUACCUCUCUGCUUCAUUCAGUUGAAAUAACGGGCCUAAUGGAUGGCCAAGGGCCGGUAUUCGUAGUCGAACCUCCCGCCCGAGUGGACUUCGGCAACAGUUCUGGAGGUCGACUGGAGUGUGCUGCUCGAGGGAGUCCUCAACCCUCUAUUCACUGGACACAAGAGGAUGGCAACCCUCUGCCCACCGUGUCCGGGCUACGCUAUCAGCUCCCGAACGGCACACUCGUAUUUCCACCCUUCUCUAAUUCCGAAUUUCGUAUAGAUGUACACAGAACUUCCUAUAGAUGUGUGGCUACCAACUCGCAGGGACGCAUCGUUAGCCGUGAGGUCCGGUUGAGGGCCAUUGUACUACAAGACUACGAAGUUGAUGUGAGUAGUUCAACUGCUAGUAGAGGAAACAUUGCAGUGUUGCACUGUAUCGUUCCUACAUUUAUACGCGACUACCUCACAGUCACAUCCUGGCUGCAGGAUCAUGCGUUUAACAUCUAUCCUUCCAGCGAUGGAGAUGGAAAGUUUCACAUGUUGCCUAGUGGAGAGCUGAUGAUACUAAAUGUUGGGCAGGCCGAUAGUUUCUCAACGUACGAGUGCCGUGUGACUCACAAACUGACAGGCGAGACUCGAGUCAGUGUGCGGCACACUAGGAUACAAGUAGCGGGUAACACGAAGGAGUGCCGUGUGACUCACAAACUGACAGGCGAGACUCGAGUCAGUGUGCGGCACACUAGGAUACAAGUAGCGGAGCCCCACAAGGCGAGCGCUCCUUUAUUCCUUGAUAGGAGCUUAAGUAUCGACGCUAGAAAAGACGAAUUGGUCAUUUUACCCUGUUUUGCUCAAGGGUAUCCUCCUCCUGAAUACAGGUGGGAACUGCACGACAGCUCGGUCACUGACAGCGAGCACCACUACAUGUCUGGAAAUGGGGCUCUGCUGGUGAUACCGCGAGCUUCUGUUAGCGAUAGUGGCCGAUACUCGUGUAUAGCCUCCAACACUGCCGGAUCGUCACGCUUGGAUGUGAACCUCCAGGUCCAAGCACCACUGGCAGCACACGUCACUCCAACACUCUUGACUGCUGCUCUAGGACAGCCUGCAGCUUUUCACUGUACAAUAUCCGGAAGUCCAGUGAAGAGCGUGGCGUGGACCAAGGACGGCCAGAGCAUCCAGAGCGCCAGCCCUAGGGACAUCCUAAGACUGGGGAUGGUGACGAAGGAGGACCAAGGAAUGUACCAGUGCUUCGUCAGUAACGAACAUGAUUCGGCUCAGUCAUCAGCUGAGUUGCGCCUAGGAGACACGCCUCCACAGAUCGCAUACCGUUUCAUUCGCCAGACUAUCCAGCCUGGGCCUUCAAUCUCGCUAAAAUGCGUGGCCACAGGGAAUCCGACUCCUAACAUCAAGUGGUCUCUGGAUGGUUUUGCUCUUCCCCAGAAUGAGAGAUUUGUGAUCGGUCAGUACGUGCCUACACACGGGGACGUGAUCAGUCACGUGAACAUCACGUCGGUACGUGUGGAGGACGGCGGCAACUACAAGUGCACUGCCACCAAUCGUGUGGGAGAGGCGUCACACAGUGCUGAACUCUACGUAUACGGUCCCCCUCAGGUCCGCCCGAUGGGAGAGAUAUCGGCAGUUGCAGGAGAAUCACUAGUGAUUCGUGAAGCGGACUAG